AUGUCUGAACAGCCUCUUUCUGAAGAAAAAAAAUUAGAAAAUAAGGCUUCCGAAUUAGAAAAAAGAAAUAAAAGACGUUUUCAAAUUGAACUAGAAUUUAUUCAAUGUUUGGCGAAUCCUUGGUAUCUUAAUAAUCUCGCACAGAAAGAAUAUUUUGAAGAUCCAGUGUUUCUUAAUUACUUGGAAUAUCUAAAAUAUUGGAAACGACCUGAAUAUGCCAAAUUCAUAGUUUAUCCACAUGCGCUUCAUUUUCUUGACCUUCUUCAGAACCCUCAAUUUCGUGAACAUUUAAAGAAUUAUGAUGUAGCAACAGAAAUUCAUUCCAAACAAUAUUAUCAUUGGUUAAAAUGGAGGCAUGUAGAAGGAGGAAACGUUGAAGGAGGAAACGCUGGAGGAAGGAAUGUUGGAGGAGGAAAUACUGGAGGAGGAAAUAUUGGAGAAGGAUCUGGUCAAGAAGAUAUUGAAAAUGUAAAUGGAGUACUUAAAUGA